AUGGAUCGAAAGCAUUGUAUUUAUUUGGACAAUAUUUACAAUGCAGAACCCAAACCCAAAUGCUACAAUGCAAGUGACCCAGUUCUGAACUCCACUGCUUGGUUUGUUGACUACCUGGGACUAUUUAUGAAUGAAAUAUCGCUGACAGAUCUUCAGUCUUUCUUUGAUGAUGAGACACAGCUUCAAGAGUUCGUGGCAAACCCUGAAAACCAGGCGCUUUUUAGGAAACUGAUGUUAUCCACUGAAAUCACAAAAUUCUUUAUUGACUUGCUGUUGAAAAACAACUCGCUUGUUAAUGCUACAAGUUUGCCAGACUCCCUUGUUUGCUUUAUUCUUGGUACUGAUGCACUUAAGUCCUUGAAUGUGCAGCAAAUUCUGGCUAUAAUUAGCAAGGUCAAUGAUGUCUGUAGACUCACUUCUCCAUUCAACGAAACUGGGGAUGGAUUUUUUCUGAGCGAUGAAGGACGAAAGCUCGCAAUCUUCUUGGUCAGCAAGUUCGACAACUUCUCACUCAGCAUUCUGAAUAGUUUGGGACAAACAGCUGUCGGGCUGUCAUUGUCCCAGAUUAGAGGUAUUGAUGCGAACAUUCUACAGGAAGCUCUGCCAAACUUGGGUCAAGUCAAGGGAUGGAAUCUGGGCCAAGCUAAAGCAAUUAUAACCAAGUUACUUAAAAAUGGCUUCCAGGUCAAUGAUAAAGAGAAUUUGCUAAAGCUAGGAAGCUUGGUGGUUGGUAUUCCAAGUGAUGUGUUCCAAAGUAUCAAUCCUCAGGUGUUCAUCAAUUUAAUUUCAAAUCCAACAUUUGUUGAGAAUAUUGGAGCAGCACCACAGCCGAUACAAACCAUCUGUGUUCUGCAGGUGUUGCGGAAUGUAGAAGACCCUGUCCGAACAGUGAAGACCAUUCCAUCUGUUCUAGCCAAAGAGGUCCCACCUAUGCUGUUAAACUCAAACUUAGGCCUUGGUGAUGUCAAUGACAAACAAUGGGUUUCCAGUCAGGCUGCUGUGUUUUUAGCAAGUGUUGUGAAAAGCAGUGACAAUUACGACGCAUUUUCACCUUCCGUUCUGCAAGGCUUCAGUUGUGGGGCAGUCAAAGAUCUGAAUUUUACAAACUUCCUUCAGCUUGUGCAAGCAAUGAAGGGGAAAGGAGCUAUGCUUGAUGAAAGUCAGCUCAGUUGCAUGUUUUUCCGGCUAACUUCAAAAGGAAAGCCUCCAGCCAUAGAAACAUUGCCUGUAGAUGUUCUGCUUUAUUUUAACUCUAAGAACUUCAGAACAUCUCGAAAUUGCAAGACAUUCUUCAAAGGUGUUGGAAAAUCAAACAUUAAUCUCUUACCGAAAGGAUCGUUAAGGAGACAAAAUCUAUUGGAGGACGCCAAAAUCUGUUUGGGAAUUACUGGUACAAAUUUGACCAAGGAGAGUAUUGCCAUACUAGGUGGAUUGGUGUGUGACCUCGAGGGUUCAGUCAUCAAAGAAUCUGAUCUAUACAUCUUGGAGGCAUUGAAGAAUUGUACCUCGUAUGAGGGGAGUCAGAAAAAUGCCAUUGAAAUUCUGCUUCAAAGUGGAGCCAGCAUCUAUGGCUCUCCUUCAUCUUGGUCAUCAUCUACAAUAGAAGAUCUUGGAAAUCUUCCUUUAGCCUUUACUGAAAUCUGGAAUCAAGUAAACAGGGAUAUCCUAAUACAAGCUCUCCCAAGAUUCAUCAAGAAAGUGAAGACAUUAAUAUCACCCAAUGAAACGCUGGCAUUCAUAAAUCAGCUCAACUUAAGAGACUCAAACGAAGGAGCAAACUGUACAAUGUUAGCACCAGAAGCCAUAGAUGAUCUGACACCUGCAAUCUAUGAUGCAUCCAUGUUAGAUGUAUGUUUGAGUGACCUUGUGCUGGAGGACAAUGUCUUCCAACUGGGAGCUUUUGCCUUUGACCCUGCUCAGCUGAUGAUUCUGAAAAAGAGACUAUUACAGAUAUAUCCCAAUGGCUUACCGGAAAACCAGAUUCAACUGCUGGGGAACAUAUCAACUGUGUUUAGUGUGGUCGAUGUCAGUCUUUGGAAUAUCACUGAGGUUGUGACACUUUCCGCGUUAAUGAUGCAGCAACUGGAAAGCCGAAUGGUGAAAGCCAUUAUUGAAAGAUAUCUUCAGUUGGGUGGAGUUCUAAACGCAGUUUCUGUACAAGCUAUUGGUGGGCCUAACCUAUGCCUUCUGAAUGAAAGCCUGUUGGCAACAAUUUCAAACUUAACGGAUGCAGGAGCACUGGAUCUCUCAACAUGUAUGCAGUCACAGAAAAAUCUGUUGUACAAUCAAGCAUUCUCUGCAUUGAGAUCUCAGCAAAGCAAUCCUAUCCCUUACUUUCACAUGCUGAAGCCAUACAUAGGUGGUAUCCCACGGGAUGAUCUUGAGGUACUUGCAAAUAACUCAGUCAAUAUGGAUUUUGCAACCUUCAUAAGCCUGAAUCCUCAGGAAGUAAAGAAUUUGAGUGCCCAGAAUCUGAUCGACUUGCUUGGAUAUUACCUUCCAGCUCUUCAACGUGGAAUCAAUGAAACUGUAGUGAGGGUCUGGGUGAACUCACAUUUACAAUCUGAAGUCCAGAAACUGGGUUUGACUGGAGGAAUUCCAGAUCCUACCCUUGAAUCAAUUUUCUGUGCUGACAAAGACAGUUCGGCUGUCAAUAAUUUCCUGAUCGAAGUUAAAAGGAACCAAAUCUGCAAUUUUAACAUUGUAGAAUAUGCAUGCUCUCAGACUGAUCUACUGAAGAUACAGGUAGACAGUGAAGUUUUAUCUUCCAUAUUUGACUGCUUCACUGGCCCAAAGGUUCUGAAUACCUCAGAUGAAAUAGCACUGACCGUUUUCCUUCAGAAAUUUGAGGAAACCACACGGAAUGAAGCACUGGACAAGUUCAACAACAGGACCCUGAACACAUCAUUGAUUCCUUUGAUAACAAAGAUCACGUUCAUGAAUGCUCUGUGGGAGAUUGUGAAGACCAAUGAAAACUUAACCAAUGCAGAUUUCCUGAGGAAAUGGUUCCAGGAGAGAUUCAGACCUUUCAUUGCUGGUAUUUCUCAGUCAGUGCUGAAUGGCUUUCUGAUGAGGAACAUAACCUGUGAUGGUUUCCAGAUUAUUGUACAAGGACUCAGUUAUGGUCUGAGGGAAAUGCCACCAGAAACAAGAAUGACAGUGCUGCAAGAGGGGGUUCUUAAUUUUCUCAACAGCACAGCGUUUUCUCUUAAUUGUUACAACAAAGACAGUUUUCUUCGGUUCUUGAAGAAUUCAUUCCCAAAGUUCGCCAGCUUUCUAACUCUGAAGGAUGUAUUUAAUCUGGCUCCUCCUGGCAUUGUAAAUGAGUUGGUGAAUAGCAUUGAUCCCAGAGAAAUGGCUCAGGCACUGAGCAGGCCUGGAUUCAUUAACGACAACAGAUUAUUGACCAUCGUCUUAAUCCACAUCGAACCCACCAGGAAUCUGGCUGCAUUUAUCAAUCAAUUCAUCAUCGAAACACAAGACAGCGAUCUUUUAGCUGAUGUUAUAAAAGGGUUGGAGCAUGAGUUUUCCAGAAGCCUGUCUGGAAUUGAUGAUCUAAAUGUGAAAGAAUGGAUUAGCGCUGUACUAGUUCCAGCUCUGCCUGAGAUCACCAGCACCGUCUUCAAUUCCAAUAACAGCAUUGAAAUUCCAUGUUUUGCAUUUGAAAAGAUUGUUAUGGCAUUGAGUUUAUUCAAACAGCAGCAGAAGACUGAUGAUCAGGAAAUUAUUUUUGAUAAUUUGUUAAAUUAUGCCAAAGCAUUCCCUCUUCACUGUUAUAAAAAUGACAGUUUUAUCAGUUAUUUGAGGAAUUAUUUCCAAGGAUUCCUUGACUUCCUAACUCUGAAGGAUGCAUUUUCAAUUAUUCCUCCUAACCGUUUAACUGAGGUGUUGAACAGCAUUAGUCCCAGUGAACUGGCUGAUUUACUGAGUAAGCCUGGAUUCAUCGAUGACUUUGAGAUCCUGACCAAUAUCUUAAUCAACAUCCAUUCCAUCCAGGAUCUGAAUUUAUUUGUAGGAGAAUUCAUCACCAAAAUACCAAAUAUUGAUACCUUAGCUUCUGUCAUAAUCGGUCUGCAGUCUGAAGUUCUGAAAAGCCUCUCUGGACUCAGUGAAAUAGAUGUGAAAGAAUGGCUUAAAGAAACACUACUUCCAUCUUUGCCGUUGAUCGUCGAAACCGUCUUGACUUCCGACAUUUCCCUGAAAAUCCCAUGCUCCUCUUUCGGAGAAAUUGUCUCAAUAUUGAGCUAUGCUAAAGAUCUGCUGAGUAAGAGUGAUCAAGAACGCAUAUAUAGAAAAUUAUUGCAUAGAGCUAAAGUGUCCACUGCCAUGUGUUUUGCAAACACCAGUUUCAUUCUGUACCUGAAGGACUAUUUCCAAGGUUUUUCCAACUUUCUCACUCUAAGCGAUGCAUAUUCACUGAUUCCUCCUGGCCGUGAACGUGAGGUCCUGGAUAGUAUUGACCCAAGAAAUUUGGCUGAUGUGCUGAGCACGCCUGGGUUCAUUGACAGCAGUGUGAUUCUAGUCAGGGUGUUGAUCCACUUCCAAUCCGUCGAUAAAUUAGUGAUACUUAUUGAUCAAUUUUUCAAAAAAAUCCAAGACAGUGAAUAUUUUGAUGAUGUGGUAGAAGAGUUACAGAAAGAGUUUGACCGAAGUAUGUCUGGAGUCAGUGAUAUGGAUGUGGACGUAUGGCUCAAUAACACAUUGAUUCCAUCCCUGCCAUUAAUCACAAAGACUGUUUUGGCUUCCAAAGACAGCCGGAGAUUUCCAUGUCCUCUCUUCAAACGAAUAGUUGAUAUACUGAGCUAUUUCAAAGAUCAACUGGAAGUCAGGGAUCAAGAGGCUGUAUAUAAAAACUUAUUAGCAUACCAUAAAGCAUUCCCUCUUUAUUGUUAUAACAACAGCAGUUUUCUCCUUUUCCUGGGAACAUAUUUUCAAGAAUACAUUGUUUUUCUAACACUGAAGGAUGUUUCUUUGCUGGUUCCUCCUGACCGUGUGGCUGAGGUGCUGAGUACCAUCGCUCCAAGUGAAUUGGCUGAUCGGUUGAGAAUACCUGGAUUCAUUAAUGACAACAUGACUCUAACCGUUGUACUUCUGAAUAUCAAACCCAUCCAGAAUUUGGCUGCAUUUAUAGAUGCUUUCACCAAUGCAACGCAAGAUAGCAAUAUUUUAUCUGCUAUCAUAGCAGGUUUGUGGCCUCAGUUUACUGAAAACCUGCCUGAACUCAGUGAUGCAGAGGUGGAUACAUGGCUUAAUGCUAGAUUGGUUCCAUACCUUCCAUUUAUCACCACACGUCUUUUGGUUUCCAACAGCACUCUCAGAAUUCCAUGCCUUACCUACAGGAAAAUUGUCAAUACACUGAACACCCUCUACACACGUUUAAAUGCUGAACAACGGACUGAAAUCUACAAGGGGAUCAGGACAUACUUACAACAAGGUCCCAAACCCAAAUGCUAUAAUGUGAAUGAUCCAGUCCUGAACUCCACCGCAUGGUUUGCUGAAUAUCUGGGACUAUACUUAGCCCAAAUGUCAUUGACUGAUCUUCAGUCUUUCUCUGAUGAUGCAGCAGUUCUUAGAGAAUUUGCAGCAAAUGAAGAAAACCUGGCUCUUCUGGAAAACCUAGCGUUAAUAAAUGAAGUCUCCAAAGUCUAUAUUAGUUUCCUGGUUGAACACAAUCCGAAUUUUAAUGCUUCAAGGCUGCCAGACUCUUUGCUUUGCUUCAUUACUGAUACCAAUCUGCUUCAGUCCUUGGAUGUACAGCAAGUCUUGUCUCUGACAGUAAGAAUAAACCAAGUCUGUGGGCUUAAUACGCUUCCGAAUGCAACUGCCAAUGGAACAGUACUGGCGGAAGAUCCAACUGAUGAGCAAUUGAAGCUUUCGAUUGCUAUCGUGAGCAAAAUCGACGUCUUCACAGUGAGCACGUUGAAUACUCUGGGACAAACAGCUGUUGGAUUGUCAGUGUCACAGGUUGGAAAUAUUGGUGCGGAGACUCUGCAGAAUGCGCUGCCAAGCCUGAGUAAAGUCAGAGGCUGGAAUGUGGGCCAGGCCAAUGCGAUUGUCAUCAGGUUACUCAUAAAUGGCUUCCAGGUUAAUGACCCCGAGAACCUGCUGGGGCUAGGAAGCUUGGUGUCCGGUAUUCCAAGUGAUGUGUUCCAAGACAUCAAUCCUCAGGUGUUCAUCAACAUAAUCUUAAAUCCAACGUUUGUUGAGAAUAUUGGAAGAGCACCACAGCCAAUACAAACCAUCUGUGUUCUGCAGGUGUUGCGGAAUGUAGAAGACCCUGUCCAAACGGUGAAGACCAUUCCAUCUGUUCUAGCCAAAGAGGUCCCACCUGUGCUGUUAAACUCAAACUUAAGCCUCGGUGAUGUCAAUGACAAACAAUGGGUUUCCAGUCAGGCUGCAGUGUUCUUUGGAAAUGUGAUCAAAAACAACAACAAUUUUAAAGAAUUCUCACCUUCUGUCCUUCAAGGCUUCAGUUGUGGUGCAGUCAAGGACCUGAAUUUUACAACAUUUCUUCAGCUUGUUCAAGCAAUGAAGGGGAAAGGGGUCAGGUUUGAUGAAAGUCAGCUGAGCUGCAUGUCUGCAAGACUAACUUCUAAUGGAACCACACCAGCCAUAGAGAAACUCCCUGUGGAUGUUCUUCUAUUCUUCAACUCAGUACAGUUCAGGCAUUCAUCCAACUGCAAAACAUUCUUCAAAUUAGUUGGGAAAUCAAACAUUGACAUCUUGAGAAAAGAAUCAAGCAGAAGACGGAAUCUAUUAUAUGAUGCCAGGAUCUGUUUGGGAAUUUCUGGCAGGAAACUGACAGAGGAGAGUGUGACAAUCCUGGGUAAAUUGGUUUGUGACCUCGAGGGAUCCGUCAUCGCAGAAUCUGAUAUUUCCAUCUUGGACCCAUUGAAAACAUGUCGCUCGUAUACAGACGAUCAGAAGAAAGCCAUUGAAGAUCUCCUAAAGAGAGGAGUUAGCAGAUACGGUGUUCCUUCGUCAUGGUCUUCAUCGACAAUCCAAGAUCUCGGAAACCUUCCUUUGACAUUGACUCGCCUCACGUGGACUCUAGUAAACAGGGUUGUCAUCCUUGAAGCUCUUCCAAGUUUUGUAAAGAAAGCAAAACGUUCGAGACCUCCAUAUGAGAUCCUGAUCUUUCUUAAACAGCUCAAUCUGCGAAGAUCUAACAAUACAGCAAAUUGCACCGAGGGCUUAAUCGCAGCAGAAGACAUUAAUGACCUGACCCCUGCAAUCUAUGCCCCAUCCCAGUUAGAUCUCUGUUUGGGUGACCGUGUACUGAAAGACAAUGUGCUCCAACUGGGAGCUCUUGCAUUUGAUCCAACUCAGCUGGAAAUUCUGAAAAAGAGACUCUUAAAGAUUUAUCCCAGUGGACUACCCGAAAAGCAGAUUCAACUUUUAGGGAACAUAUCGACUAUGUUUAAUGAGACUGAAGUCAGCAGCUGGAAUAUCACUCGAGUUGGGACACUUUCUGCAUUAAUGAAGCAACAGCUGGAAAACACAACGAUCAUAUCCAUUGUAACGAGAUAUCUCCAGUUGGGAGGAGAACUGAAUGCAGUUUCUGUGAAAGCUAUUGGUGGAGCUAACUUGUGCACUUUGGAUGAACAGCAGCUGUCGAUAAUUUCAAACUUGACGGAUGCAGGAUUUCUGGAUCUUUCUCUGUGCACCCAGUCUAAGAAAGACUUGCUUUAUCAAUUCGCAUUCUCAGCAUUGAGGUCUCAGCGAGAUAAUCCAAUCGCCUACUUCCAGCUGAUAAAGGCCUAUAUUGGUGGUGCUGCAGCUGAUGAUCUGAAGUUUCUUGCAAAUAACAGCAUCAACAUGGACUUUAAAACCUUCAUCGGGUUGAAUCCGGAAGAAGUCAGGAACCUGACUGCCCAGGAUCUGAUUAACCUGCUUGGAAUUAACCUUGGGGAUCUUCAGCGUGGCGCGAAUGAAACUGUUGUGGUUGUCUGGGUGGCCGCACACCCUGAGUCUGAAGUCAGGAGACUGGGAUUGACAGGCGGAAUUCCUGACAUUUCACCAGAACCGGGACCUACUGAUAGGCCUGGUAAUACCACAGAUAACGAAACAGCGCUGUGCCGAGCUGUGAACAGUUCUGCUUUGAAUAAUUUCCUGAUUAAUGUUAACAAGACCCAACUGUGCAAUUUCUACAUUAAAGACUAUGCAUGUGCUCAGACUGAUCUGCUGCGUUCAGGUUUAAGUAGUGAUGCCUUGACAAGUAUAUUUGAGUGCUUUGUUGGUCCAAAGGCUCUGAACAGGUCAGAUGAAGUGGCACUGACUGUGUUUGUUCAGAAACUUAACAGAGCCACUUUGAAUGAGGCACUGGAUGACUUCAACAACAAGACCCUGAACACAUCAUUGAUUCCAUUGAUGACAAAGAUUACGUUCAUGAAUGCUCUGUGGGAGAUUGUGAAGACCAAUGAAAACUUAACCAAUGCAGAUUUCCUGAGGAAAUGGUUCCAAGAGAGACUCAGGCCUUUCAUUGCUGGUAUUUCCCAGUCAGUGCUGAAUCGCCUUCUGAUGAGGAACAUAACCUGUGAUGGUUUCCAAGCUGUUACCAAAGGCCUGAGCAAUGGAUUCAGGGAUAUGCCACGUGGAACAAGAGUGACUGUGCUGAGAGUCUGGAUUCUUGGUUACCUCAACGCUUCAGAAUUCCAACUUCGCUGUUAUGAAAACAACAGUUUUGUUCUGUACUUGGACGUCAACUUCCAAAGAUUUCGCGAGUUGCUGACUCUGUCAGAAGCAAUUUUUCUGCUUCCUUCCAAUCGUGUUGAUGAGGUAUUGAAUGUCACUGACCCCAGGGAUGUGGCUGAUGUUCUGAGUAGGCCUGGCUUCAUUGACAACAACAAUAUUCUGACUGCGUUCUUACUCCGUAUCCAACCCAUUCAGUACCUGGCUGUCUUUGUGGAUGAAUUCAAUCGACAAACCCAAGGUAAUCUGCCAGCUGCUAAUCGAGCUGCCAUCAUAGAGGGUCUGUGGCCUCAGUUCAUCAACAACCUUCCUGUACUUAAUGACACAGAGAAGAAUGAAUGGCUUAAUGUCAGACUGUCUCCAUAUCUUCCAUUCAUCAGCACCCGGCUUUUGUCUUCCAACAACACGCUGAGAGUUGACUGCCUUUCCUACAGGAAAAUUGUGCGAACUCUGAGUGCUCGUUACAGGGAUUUUACCCCAAACAAGCAGAAGGAAAUCUACAAUGGCAUCAAAGCUUAUCUACAACAAGGUCCCAAACCCAAAUGCUAUGAUGUGAAUGAUCCAGUCCUGAACUCCACUGCCUGGUUUGCUCAAUAUCUGGGAUUAUAUAUGAACCAGAUUUCACUGAGUGAUCUUCAAUCUUUCUUUGAUAAUGAAACACAGCUUCAAGAAUUUGUGGUAGAUUCUGAAAACCUGGCACUUCUGGACAAUCUGACACUAUCCACUGAAGUUUCAAAGUUCUACCUCCAGUUGCUGCUUGCCAUCAAUCCGAAUGUCAACGUUUCAAGGCUGCCAAACUCCCUGGUUUGCUUCAUUACUGAUACUGAUCUGCUUCAGUCAUUGGACACACAGCAAGUCUUGUCUGUAGUAGCAAUAAUAAACCAAGUCUGUGGACUCAACAUACAACCAAACACCACGUCCAAUGAAACAGCACCAGUUGUAGAUCCAACAGAUGAACAACUGAGGACCUCAAUAGCUAUCGUGAGCAAAAUCGACAUCUUCACAGUGAGCACUUUGAAUACUCUGGGACAAACAGCUGUUGGGUUGUCAGUGUCACAGGUUGUAAAUAUUGGUGCGGAGACUCUGCAGAAUGCGCUGCCAAGCCUGAGUAAAGUCAGAGGCUGGAAUGUGGGCCAGGCCAAUGCGAUUGUCAUCAGGUUACUCAUAAAUGGCUUCCAGGUUAAUAACGCUGAGAACCUGCUGGGGCUAGGAAGCUUGGUGUCCGGCAUUCCAAGUGAUGUGUUCCAAGACAUCAAUCCUCAGGUGUUCAUCAACAUAAUCUUAAAUCCAACGUUUGUUGAGAAUAUUGGAAGAGCACCACAGCCAAUACAAACCAUCUGUGUUCUGCAGGUGUUGCGGAAUGUAGAAGACCCUGUCCAAACGGUGAAGACCAUUCCAUCUGUUCUAGCCAAAGAGGUCCCACCUGUGCUGUUAAACUCAAACUUAGGCCUCGGUGAUGUCAAUGACAAACAAUGGGUUCCCAGUCAGGCUGCAGUAUUCUUUGGAAAUGUGAUCAAAAACAACAACAAUUUUAAAGAAUUCUCACCUUCUGUCCUUCAAGGCUUCAGUUGUGGUGCAGUCAAGGACCUGAAUUUUACAACAUUUCUUCAGCUUGUUCAAGCAAUGAAGGGGAAAGGGGCCAGGUUUGAUGAAAGUCAGCUGAGCUGCAUGUCUGCAAGACUAACUUCUAAUGGAACCACACCAGCCAUAGAGAAACUCCCUGUGGAUGUUAUUCUAUUCUUCAACUCAGUACAGUUCAGGAAUUCAUCCAACUGCAAAACAUUCUUCAAAUUAGUUGGGAAAUCAAACAUUGACAUCUUGAGAAAAGAAUCAAGCAGAAGACGGAAUCUAUUAUAUGAUGCCAGGAUCUGUUUGGGAAUUUCUGGCAGGAAACUGACAGAGGAGAGUGUGACAAUCCUGGGUAAAUUGGUGUGUGACCUCGAGGGAUCCGUCAUCGCAGAAUCUGAUAUUUCCAUCUUGGACCCAUUGAAAACAUGUCGCUCGUAUACAGACGAUCAGAAGAAAGCCAUUGAAGAUCUCCUAAAGAGAGGAGUUAGCAGAUACGGUGUUCCUUCGUCAUGGUCUUCAUCGACAAUCCAAGAUCUCGGAAACCUUCCUUUGACAUUGACUCGCCUCACGUGGACUCUAGUAAACAGGGUUGUCAUCCUUGAAGCUCUUCCAAGUUUUGUAAAGAAAGCAAAACGUUCGAGACCUCCAUAUGAGAUCCUGAUCUUUCUUAAACAGCUCAAUCUGCGAAGAUCUAACAAUACAGCAAAUUGCACCGAGGGCUUAAUCGCAGCAGAAGACAUUAAUGACCUGACCCCUGCAAUCUAUGCCCCAUCCCAGUUAGAUCUCUGUUUGGGUGACCGUGUACUGAAAGACAAUGUGCUCCAACUGGGAGCUCUUGCAUUUGAUCCAACUCAGCUGGAAAUUCUGAAAAAGAGACUCUUAAAGAUUUAUCCCAGUGGACUACCCGAAAAGCAGAUUCAACUUUUAGGGAACAUAUCGACUAUGUUUAAUGAGACUGAAGUCAGCAGCUGGAAUAUCACUCGAGUUGGGACACUUUCUGCAUUAAUGAAGCAACAGCUGGAAAACACAACGAUCAUAUCCAUUGUAACGAGAUAUCUCCAGUUGGGAGGAGAACUGAAUGCAGUUUCUGUGAAAGCUAUUGGUGGAGCUAACUUGUGCACUUUGGAUGAACAGCAGCUGUCGAUAAUUUCAAACUUGACGGAUGCAGGAUUUCUGGAUCUUUCUCUGUGCACCCAGUCUAAGAAAGACUUGCUUUAUCAAUUCGCAUUCUCAGCAUUGAGGUCUCAGCGAGAUAAUCCAAUCGCCUACUUCCAGCUGAUAAAGGCCUAUAUUGGUGGUGCUGCAGCUGAUGAUCUGAAGUUUCUUGCAAAUAACAGCAUCAACAUGGACUUUAAAACCUUCAUCGGGUUGAAUCCGGAAGAAGUCAGGAACCUGACUGCCCAGGAUCUGAUUAACCUGCUUGGAAUUAACCUUGGGGAUCUUCAGCGUGGCGCGAAUGAAACUGUUGUGGUUGUCUGGGUGGCCGCACACCCUGAGUCUGAAGUCAGGAGACUGGGAUUGACAGGCGGAAUUCCUGACAUUUCACCAGAACCGGGACCUACUGAUAGGCCUGGUAAUACCACAGAUAAUGAAACAGCGCUGUGCCGAGCUGUGAACAGUUCUGCUUUGAAUAAUUUCCUGAUUAAUGUUAACAAGACCCAACUGUGCAAUUUCUACAUUAAAGACUAUGCAUGUGCUCAGACUGAUCUGCUGCGUUCAGGUUUAAGUAGUGAUGCCUUGACAAGUAUAUUUGAGUGCUUUGUUGGUCCAAAGGCUCUGAACAGGUCAGAUGAAGUGGCACUGACUGUGUUUGUUCAGAAACUUAACAGAGCCACUUUGAAUGAGGCACUGGACGACUUCAACAACAAGACCCUGAACACAUCAUUGAUUCCAUUGAUGACAAAGAUUACAUUCGUGAAUGCUUUGUGGGAGGUAGUGAAGACCAAUGAAAACUUAACCAAUGCAGAUUUCCUGAGGAAAUGGUUCCAAGAGAGACUCAGGCCUUUCAUUGCUGGUAUUUCCCAGUCAGUGCUGAAUCGCCUCCUGAUGAGGAACAUAACCUGUGAUGGUUUCCAAGCUGUUGUAAAAGGACUGAAUAACGGAUUCAGUGAGAUGCCACAAGAAACAAGAAAUACUGUGUUAAGAGUGUGGAUCUUUGGUUACCUGAACCGCACAGACGCUGCUUGUAUCAGCAACACUAAUGGUUCGAGGGAUUGGCUGAUGAAGAACUGGGGCAGGUUCGGCCAACUUGUUCAGCUCGACGAUUUAACCAGGCUGAAUCCAGACUUCAGUGCACUUGAUGCAGCAGACUUACUGACACCUUCCCAGCUUGGAGAAUUUGCUGCCAAGAACGGAACAUUGACUAAUGUUGAGGAUGUGCAGAGGCUUUUCAAUACUAUCACCAGUGCCACUGUUACCGAGUUCAUUGAAAAAUUCAGAACUACUGCCAAUCAGAACAAUGUGGACUUCACCCCUGGUGUCAGAUCGGCUUUCCUGCGAGAAGUUCUGGUUCGGGCACAGCCGAUUCUUUCAAAUGCUGGCAGUGGAGAGCUCCAGAUCUGGUUUAGAAUGAGGCUGCAAGUGCUUCUCCCAGGACUCACAGAAAACCUUGUGCCUUUAGUAUUUGCCACGGAGAGCUGCAAUGGAUCUCAGAUCAUUGUCUCAACAUUGAGCUCAAUCAAACAGCAGCUGACUGCAAGUGUACAAGAAACUAUAUAUAGAAAUAUACUGGCUUAUACUAAAGGAAUCCCUCUACGCUGUUACGAAAACAACAGUUUCAGCCUUUAUCUGAACAGCCAGUUUGGAAAUUUCUCGGAGUUUCUAACUCUGUCUGACGUGUCAUCAUUUGUUCCUUCAAACCGUACAGUGGAGGUGUUUAAUACUGCUGAUCCCAGUGAUUUUGCUGACCUGUUCAGCAGACCUGGAUUCAUUGAUGACAAUGACAUUCUGAAAAUGGUGCUAAUGAAUUAUCAACCCAUCCAGAAUUUGGCAACGUUUGUAGAUCAGUUCAAUCUAAAGACACAAAAUGAGAACUUGACAGAUGCUAACCAAGCUGCCAUCAUUGAGGGUCUGUGGCCACAGUUUGUUAACAGCCUGUCUAUACUCAAUGAUUCAGAGCAAGAUGUAUGGCUUAAUUUCAGACUAAGUCCCUAUCUGUCUUUCCUUACCACUGACCUCCUGGUUUCCAACAACACGCUUGAAGUCCAGUGCCUCCCUUACAGGAAAAUUGUGAGAACGCUGAGUGCUCGUUACAGUGACUUUACAUCAGAAAAGCAGAACGAAAUCUAUAAUGGGAUCAAUGUGUAUCUGCAACAAGAGCCCAAACCCAAAUGCUAUGAUGUGAAUGACCCAGUCUUGAACUCCACUGCCUGGUUUGCUCAGUAUCUGGGACUCUUCAUGAAUAAUGUGACAGCAUCUGAUCUUCAGUCGUUCACCAGCAAUGCGUCAAUUCUUCAAGACUUCGCAGCAAACCCUGAGAACCUGCUACUCCUAAAGAAUUUGACAUUACCCGCUGAAAUCUCAAAGCUCUAUCUUACUUUCCUGGUGAAUGGCAACCAAAACAUUGAUGUCUUGAGCAUUCCAGAUUCUCUUAUUUGCUUCGCUGCUGGCACAGACAUAUUUGAAUCCUUGAGUGGAGAGCAGACCUUGUCUGUCAUUGAAAGGGUAAACCAAAUCUGUGGGUUCAACACAUCGUCCAAUGAAACAUUAUCUCAAGCAACUGAUGAACAGAUCAAGCUUUCAAAAUCAUUAGUGAGUAGAAUCAGCAACUUUUCGGCCAGCACUCUAAAUAGUUUGCAGCAAACAGCAGUCGGACUUUCAGUGUUACAGAUUGAGGAAACUGACGCAAAUAAUUUUAAGGCAUCUCUGCCAAGUUUGAGUUCUGUCAGAGGAUGGAACCGUGGCCAAGCCAAUUCCAUUGUGUCCAAGUUAACCAUUAGUGGUGUAGAGCUCAAUACCGCAAACAAUCUACUUGAACUUGGAACCUUGGUGCCAGGUGUUCCAAGCAGAGUUUUUGAAACUGUUGAUCCCAUAGUUCUUGUCAAUGUGACUUCCAGUCCUACAUUUGUCAGAAAUAUUCUGGGAGCACCACAAUCGACACAGCAGAUUAUUGUUCUCAAGGUUUUGCAGACUGAAACUAAUCCAUUAAGAGCAGUGCGGAAGAUUCCAAAUGAACUAGUUCGUCAGAUCUCACGUGUGCACCUGACAUCAGACCUCAGUCUUAAUGAUGUCAAUAAUAAACAGUGGGAGUCAGAACAAGCUUCUGUAUUCUUUGAAAACAUUAUAAGAAAAAAUAAUGAUUACACCAGAUUCUCAGCUUCCGUCCUCCAAGGCUUCAGUUGUGGCGCAGUCAGAAAACUGAAUGAAACGACGUUUCGUCAGCUUGUUCAAGCAAUGAAGGGUAAAAGGGCUGUGUUUGACGAAGGUCAGCUGAGCUGUAUGGCAUUUAGACUGACCUUUAAUGGAACACCAUCAGAGAUAGGCAACAUUCCUGAUGAUGUUUUGCUGUUUUUUAAUUCUACUGAAUUCAGGAGUUCUGCAAACUGCAAGUCAUUCUUCAGAGCUGUUGGAAGAGCAAACAUUAAUGUAUUACAAAAAGGAGCAAGAAGAAGACAAAAGCUGUUGACUGAUGCCUUCGUCUGUUUGAAUUUUACUGGUGGAAAGCUAACAAGGGAGAGUGUUACAGUAUUGGGUGGUUUGACCUGUGACCUUGAAGGCUCCGUUAUUGAAAACAGUGACAUUACUAUUUUGGAUUCAUUGAGGAAUUGCAACUCGUACUCCGAAGAUCAAAUGAUUGCAAUUGAAAAAGUUUUGAGCACCAGAGUAACCAGAUUUGGUUCUCCUAGUUCAUGGACAUCCCAGACGGUGAGUCAGCUGGGAAACCUGCCUUUCGCAUUGACCUCAACGUGGAAUCAAGUGAACCAGUUGGUCUUUUCUGAAGCCCUCCCAAGAUUUAUUCGGAAACUGAAACAGUUUACAAAGCCCAAAGAUGUAGUCGGGUUUUUAAAGCGACUCAGACAAAGAAGAAGAAUUAGGAGAGCUACAGGAUGUACAGUGGGACAGAUAACAUCGGAAGCCAUUAAUGAGUUGACCCCAGUAAACUAUGAUGCUGCCCAGUUGGAAGUCUGUUUGAGUAAUACUUUAUUAAAGGGUAAUGUGGAGGAACUGGGAGCGCUUGACUUUGAUUCUGAUCAGCUUCAAGUUCUGAAAGCCAAACUCAAUCAGAUUUACCCCAAUGGAAUACCAGAAAGCCAGAUUCAGUUGCUGGGGAACAUAUCAACAGUGUUUAAUGCAACAGAAGUCAGCAGCUGGAAUAUCACUCGAGUUGAAACACUUGCUGCAUUAAUGAUGCAACAGCUGGAAAACACAACGGUUAAAAGCAUCAUUACAAGAUAUCUAGAAUUGGGUGGAACUCUCAAUGAAGUUUCUGUAAAAGCUAUUGGUGGGCCAAACCUCUGCACUCUGGAUGAAAGCCAGCUGAUGAAUAUUUCAAAAUUGACGAAUGCUGGAAGUCUGGAUAUUUCCACUUGCACUCAAUCAAAGAAGAACCUACUCUACACUCAAGCAGCAUCUGAAUUAAUAUCUCAGCGAAAUAACACCAUUGCCUACUUCAACCUAAUCAAGUCAUACCUUGAUGGUGCCAGAGCAUCUGAUCUGGAGUUUCUUGCCAAUAAUGAUGUCAACAUGGACUUUGCCACCUUCAUAAAGCUGAAUCCUGAAGAAGUAGCAAAACUUUCUGCAGAGCAAUUGAAAGGCUUGCUUGGGAUUAACCUCCCAGCUCUUCAAACUGGAGCCAAUGAAACUGUGGUGUUAGCCUGGGUGAACUCACAUUUGGAAUCUGAAGUAAGGCGUGUUGGCUUGACAGGAGGAAUUCCAGAUCCUUCAUCAGAUCCUCAAUUUAACUUCAUGUGUGGCAAUACUACAUUUAAUGAAACAGAUGUAUGUGCAGCAGUAAACAGUUCAGCUGUGAACAGUUUUCUGAUGUCUGUUAACAGUUCCAAACUAUGUAAUUUCAACAUUACAGAAUAUGCAUGUGCUCAGAGUAAUCUACUACUGGCAGGUCUAACCAGUGAUCACUUGACCUCUAUAUUCAAAUGCUUUACUACCACAAAGGCUUUGGAAAAUCGAGAUGAAGUAGCACUGGGUGUAUUCAUUCAGAAGCUGGACAAAACUACCCUGAACGAGGCACUAGACAAAUUCAACAAUGUGACCCCCAACCCAUCACCAAUUCAAUUGAUGACAAAGAUCACAUUCAUGAACGUCCUAUGGGAGAUUGUGAAGACCAAUGGAAGCUUAACUGAUGUAGAUUUCUUGACAAAAUGGUUCCAGGAGAGAUUCAGGCCUUUUCUUGCUGGUAUUCCCAAGUCGGUGCUGAGCUGCCUUCUGAUCAGGAACACAACAUGUGAAGGUUACCAAGCUGUCAUGAAAGGACUCAAUAAUGAAUUCAACGCGAUGCCACAAGAAACAAGAGAUACCGUGCUAAAUAUGUGGAUCCUCAUCUACCUUAACACUACAGGUGCAGGUUGUAUCACCAAUACUAAUGGGUCCAGAGACUGGCUGAUGAAGAACUGGGGAAGAUUUGGUCAACUUGUUCAAAUAAAGGAUCUAACCAUGCUAAAUUCAAAUUUCAGUGGACUUGACGUGGUGGAUUUGUUGACUGUAAGACAGCUUGCCCAAUUAUCUGCCAGCAAUGGAACAUUGAAGGACUCACAGGAUGUAAUGAAGGUCAUGAGUGUCAUUACAGUAGAUACCAUUACACAAUUCAUGGACACUUUCAGCUUUGAGGCAAAGCAGAACAAUGUAGCAUUGAUCCCUGAAGUGAGGUCAACUUUACUGAGUGAUGUUCUGAGUCGUGCUGAGCCAAUUAUUUCCAGUUCAAAUGAAACAGAACUCCAGACCUGGCUUGGGACUAGGCUUCAGUUGCUGAUACCGGGACUGAAUGAAAGUUUGGUUGAAUUAAUUCUGACGAAUGCAAGUUGCCGUGGAGCUCAGAUCAUAAUCCAGACUCUGAAUGCACGGAUCUCUGAAUUUACAACUAACAUUCAGCGGCAACUGUACAAUGGCAUCAGAACCUAUCUAAGCAAAGGUCCUAAACCAAGGUGUUAUAAUGUGUCUGAUCCAGCUCUGAACUCGACUGCUUGGUUUGCCAAUUACUUUGGCCAAUUUCUGAAAUAUACAAGCACAGCUGACCUUGCUCAGCUCACUGACAGUGCAACAUUGCAGAUAUUUGCCGCCAACCAGGAAAAUCUAAUUCUUUUGAACAGUAUCGAGCUUCCUGAAGAUGUCCAGAGGUUUUACGCAAGUGCACUGUUUGAAAAUGCAGUCUUUAAUGCAUCAAGCGUUCCUGACAGCUUGGUUUGCUUUAUUGUUGAUACUCCAACAACGGUUCAAUCUUUAACAGCACAGCAAGCUGAAAUUAUACUUCAGAAAGCAAACAGAGCCUGUCAGAAUCUCAGCACAAAUGGAACAACACCAACAGAUGAACAACUGCAGUUUGCAGUUUCCCUUGUGAAGAAAAUUGACAGCUUCUCCGCUGAGACUCUUGGUAACCUAGGCCAAUCAGCUGUUGGAUUGUCAACAACACAGAUUAAUAGUAUCAGUGACAACGAUAUCUUACUAUCCCUGGACUCCCUGAGUGAGGUCAAUGGCUGGACCAAGGGAAGUGUGUUUGCAUUGGUAACGAAGUUGGCCCGUGUCAGAUUUCAGUUUAACAACGCAACCAACCUCUUGAAAAUGGGAACCUUGGUAGCUGGGCUUUCAACUGAAGAAAUAAGAAAUGUCAGUAGCAGUGAGAUGGUCACUGCUGUCAAAGAUGCUACCUUCGUAGAAAAUAUAUUGCUUGCUCCUGAACCUGUUCAAGUACUAGUUGUCCAAAAGGUUAUUUUAUCUUCAAAUAACCCCACUACAGCUAUACAGGGAGUUCCUGAUCAGCUUGCAUCCAAAAUAUUUUUGCCUCAACUGAUUUCUAAAGAUAUUAGUCUGCCUCUUGUGAACAAUAAACAGUGGAAACCUGAACAAGCUGCUGUAUUCUUUGGCACUUUGACAGAAAAUUUGACUAUUAAUUUUGAUGAUGUUUCAGCCUCUGUUCUGCAAGGUUUCAGUUGUAUAGCAGGAAACAACUUGAACAGUGACCGCUUCCUGCAAUUUGUUAAAGCCACGAAGGGUAAGCCUUCACUGACCCAAGAUCAGCUGAUUUGCAUGACCAGAAGGCUGAAUUCCAUUGGAACACCAGUGAAUAUUUCUGACUUGCCUGAGGAUAUGUUGCUGUUCCUUGACCCUGAGACAUUCGCAAAUGAACCCUGUGAAAAUUUCGUCCGGGCAGUUGGACGAGCCAACAUUACUAUUUUACCUCGAGGAUCGGCAAGAAGGAAGAAUCUGUUGACAAAUGCUCAAAGAUGCCUGAAAUUUUCCAGUGUAAGUCUGUCAAAAGGUAAUGUGACAAUCUUGAACAAUUUGACCUGUGACUAUGAGGGAGACAUCAAAACAGCUGACAUCUCUAUAUUAGAGACUUUGAAAAAUUGUGUCGAGUAUACACCCGCUCAGCGCGAUGCUAUUGACUUCCUGCUGAACCAAAAUAGCACCUUUGGUGAUCCCUCCAAUUGGACUGAGUCCACUCUGGAAAAUUUAGGGCCACUUGUCUUCGCUAUAAGCACAAGUACAUGGAACAAAGUCAGAAAGACUGUCAUUUUAAAAGGCUUGCGACAGUAUGUGAGGAGACAGUCUAGAUUUCAACUCCAACAAAAGCAAGACCUUCUCUCGGGACUGUUCCUGCACAUGAGAUCAAGACGGGAAACUGGAUGUACAAGUGACCAAAUAACAGCAGAAAUGACUUUUGAUGUAAUUCUACCUGCACAAUAUAGUGCAUCUGAUUUGAAUGCCUGCCUGGACAAUAAUAUCCUAAAGGAUCGACUGUCUCAGCUGGGAACGCUUGCAUUUUCAAAAGAACAGCUAAAAGUUCUCAAAACCAAACUGAGUGAGAUUUAUCCAGCCGGACUACCAGAAGAGAAAAUUCAGCUGCUGGGAAUCAUUGCUACGGUGUACAGCUCGACAGAGAUCAGCACUUGGAAUAUAACCAAAGUGGAAACUGUUUCUGCUCUACUGCCAAACAGCCAGAAUGAUACCACGAGAAAAGCAAUUGUUUCAAGGUACUUGGAAGCGGGUGGAGUGUUAGAUGCAAAUGUGUUGAAUUUGAUUGGUGGAAAUGUGCUGUGUCUUCUUGAUGAAAGCCAAAUUCGGGCAAUCAGCUCCACUGAAAUCAGCAACGCAUCCACAUUGAAUAUUUCCUCAUGCUCUCAAUCGAAGAAAACGCUAAUAUACAACAAAGCAAAAAGCAUAAUUGAGAGACAAACUAAUGAUUCAGCCAUUUAUUAUAAUCAGAUUAAGACAUACCUUGCUGCUGCAACAACUGCUGAUUUACAGACUCUUGCUGCCGACACUAUCAACAUGGACCCUAGUGUAUUCUUGACACUGAAUCCUGAACAAGUAAAAACACUCAGCCCUGGUAACUUAAGAAAUUUGCUUGGAGUUAACCUUCAAACUGUUAAGGAUGCUGAAAAUUCCACAUUAGUCCAAAUGUGGAUUGGGCAACAUACAGUAAGUGAGGUGAGGAGCCUGAAAAUUGGCCUGACAGGAGGGAACCCUGACAUAAUACCUCCAGAUUUAAUAAGUAUCCAAGAAAUAGAUUCAUCAUCAUCUUCUAUCAACAAGAACUGUCUUCUAUGUACAAUCCAGUCUUUAUCUAUCAGCAUAAUAAUCAUUGCACUACAAAGGUUGUUAUAGUAGAGAAAGAGAAUUAUUGUCAUCAGCAGUAUCUGUAAUACCCAUGUCAGUGAGGAAUUCAAUGAUUUCUGUGGACAAAUCAAUAAUGCAUCCAGCAUAUGUAAACACAGUCUGAGUAUACCACUCACAGACAUUUACAGAAUGUCUUAAGUUAUAUACAUAAUAUUUUAACCUAAAAAGUAAAUUCUAUAUCAGUUCAGCUCUGCAUAUUAGGUAUUGAUUAAGUGGGACCCUAGUAAUAAUUAAAACGACUGCCAGAAUGAAAAAUGAAAAUCAUGCUAAGGGACAUAAAUUUGAAGGAGAAACUGAAGAAUUGAUAGAAAAAUAUCAGAACGUUAAACCUUUUUGAAUAGCAUGCCAUUUAGUCUAUUGAAGAAUAAAUUCAUUGUUCAAAAUAGAUUAUCUUCCAGUGGGUGAAAGAAGCUACCAGAGAAAUGUAACUCCAUUGGAUCAAAUGCCAUAUCUUCUUUAAGUCCUUUGCCAUAUUUCAUAUUUAAAAUGUAUUAAUAUAGUCUGAAAGAUACAAAGAUAUUGAUAUAUUUUUUUCAGUAAAUGAUAUUUGAACAAUUUGUAUGUGCCUGGUGAAAUAACUAUUUUUGUUCUGGAUGAGUGUGACUACUAGUUUUGUUAAAAGAGCAAUGGAAACAUUUGUGUUAAAUCUCAUUAAAUGGUAAUUAAAUAAUUCAGGACAACCAUAUAUAAAAACUGCAUUUAUCUUUCCUAAACUAAAAUGAAAAAAAUAAAUUGAACUAUUGACUUAAA